GCUUCACCAUUCAUCUUCGACAGCCACCCUCUACUAACCAUCAAUAGUCAGCUAGCAUUGCUGUUCCAUCGACGACACCUCAUCUCAAAGUCGAUAUAUUCCCCUCGUCUACACAUCAGUUCCCCUCCCCCUCAUCCGGAGAGAUCUUGCAUCGACCGUCCGGUUGGGAAUUCUUAUUAUUUUUUUGCUUGGUUGCAUAAAACAUCGUUGACGAAACGUGCUUGGGCCGCGUCGAAGAUAGAACUUGCUGGAUUAAGGAGAGAAAGAGAGAGAGAAGGGAACAGAAAGAAAAGAAGAAAAAAGAGACACUAGUGGACUGCGAAGUAUAUCUGGCCUUUUGCUGCUCAGUUGCAAUAAGGAAAAGGAUUUUUACGGCCGAAUACCAAAAAUUACUGUGUAGUCGUCUGAUAAUUACAUAUCCCACCGUGGGAACCUCAAUUCCGACUGCCCAGUGCUCUCUGUCGACCCAUUAUUAUAAACGAUAAUCAACCUCCGAGAAAUUUCUUUCCAAUCUUCAAAAUGGAAAUUGAAGCGUCAUCCCCCUUAGCCGCGUUACAACCACCUUCGUUUCACCGCUCGCCAUGGUCUUUGGCGAGCGGAGGCUUCCCAUCAAACUCCCCUCGCCGGGGCGUUUCCUCCAAUAUUUCUGAUUCAUUGUUUGGGCCGAAAUUAAAUGUGAGGUCGAGAGUGGAGGGCACAAGUUAUUUUGAUUUGGGAUCUCGAUUGGAAUCAUCCCCUACAUCAAGUCUGGUUGCGGACCUGUCACAGAACUUCCACAUUAAAACGUUUGUUCUCUUCCGGCGAAUUGCCCUUUGCCCGGAAUUUUAGGAUUAACGUGAAGACAGGCCCCAGCACCCGACACCGAGACGCUCUCUCUUCCCAUUUGGCCUCCACGGGCGUUGUGAGUGUUGCUUGCGGUUUGUCAAGGGGGUAUUCUAGCUGACCAUAACAGCCUCUGUCACGACUCCUCCGAUUCCCACUUCAUCGCCAAUCGGUGAUGCCAUGGAUAUUUCUCCUCUGCCUCACAAACCGGCGUUUCAGGCGAUGCGUACCCCUUCGUCUCCUACCCAAGACUUGAGCAUGAAUAUAUGUUCGAGUCCGCCAAGUGCCGUUCCAGAACUUCCUCGUAACGACCCACCGGCAAGGAGACCAGGGCCCGCUGAGUAUGUGAUGCUUGUGUUUGUUGUGACAAUUUGGUGCUGACUAUUGCAGACGCAAGAAAUCAUCAAACUUUACACGUCCUUCAAUGUUGAGACACAAUCGCCACGCCUCUGGGGGUAUCUCCUUCAAGUCUACCAGCUCACAUAGCACACCCACGCUCUUCGGCAGAGCUGCCACCGCUCCUCAGAUAAAACUGGAGGAGCUCUUUGGUGAUUCCCCCACACGGGAUGAGAAGAAGAUUGGAUUUCCCAGUAUCAUGGCUUCCCCACCGCCGACAAAGCCUUUUUCCAUGCCGAACGUUAUGGGAAGCGGUGGAAGCAAAUUUGCUUUGGAUGGCUCACCAAUUGCUCCCCUCAACCGUCCCAAGUUCAACCGUCCCAAGGGAAAGGUUAGGCGUACUUUGAGCAUGUUCGAACACCCUGAGGACGUUAUGCAAUGCGCCGGGGAGACGCCUAAGGUUUCCAUGUCACCGGCCAAGGCAUCGCCGGGCGAGAAUUCGACGCUUCCCUGCUUCACCAUCAAGGAUGAUCCAUUGAGGCGUAUCAAAAAAUCGGUUUUGUGCCGGGUCAUGGAUGGUGAAUACAGGGAGCACUAUGACGAGAUCUUAGUUGUUGACUGCCGUUUUGAGUAUGAGUAUGAUGGCGGACACGUUGUUGGCGCUAUCAACGUCAACUCAACCGAGAAUUUGGAGAAACUGUUUUUUAAUGGACCCAAAACAGGAAGGGUUCUCAUCAUCUUUCACUGCGAAUACUCCGCUCAUCGCGCGCCUAGAAUGUAUAUUGGGUUCUGGUUUCCCUCAUUCUUAGGUGUUCGCUAAUUCUGUUUUAGGGCUCUCCACCUCCGAAGCCGCGAUAGACAGCUAAAUAUGCACCGCUAUCCUGCCUUAUUCUAUCCUGAUGUGUAUAUCCUCGAUGGCGGAUAUUCGUCCUUUUUCCAGGAACACCGUGGGCGAUGUGAACCUCAGCAAUAUGUUGAGAUGAAUGAUGCGUCCCAUCGCCAGGCGUGUGAGAAGGAAAUGGGCAAAUUCCGCAGGAAUACCAAGUUUGGGCGCACACAAAGCUUUACAUUUGGAGCUCAUCAUCACGAUAAUGUCGAGAGUAGCCCCAGUGCCAACUUUGGAAAGCGUCCCACCAGUGGAUGCUCGAAGGAGGGAGUGGAAUCAUCUUUCGGUUCUCGGCAGCGCUCCGAGACAAGAAGGAUGGUCUCAUACUAGGAAUCCGGUGCCGUUGCACGACGUUCAAGUACAGUUAUGACCAUUUCGUUUGGGUUUGGGGUUUCCUUUUUUACAUGUUGGUCCGGUUUUACCAUUUUCGGUCGGCCGAUCAUCUGCACCUGUCGGUUCUCCAAGCUUCAGCAACCGAGAGUAUCUCACAAUCGGCUUGUUUAUCAUCUUUAGCGAGCGUCGGGCUCUUUCUUUGGGACGGAGUUUUCCUUUUUUUCGUCAUCAUCACCAUUACCGUCAUCAUGAUAGUGUUGUUACACGGCCCUGGACGGGUUGGUACAUAUUCCAACACAGUUCUCUCGGUCCUUACCUGUUCAUAUUCCCCGCCUGGUGCAGCAUAUAUUCUUUUCAGCGCAUUUGCUUCGUUUGCACUUUUUUGCAGAAAAUGGUUUGGGGCGGUAGCGAAACGGGGCGCAUCUUGGGUUUCAGCAUUGUAUUUAUUAUGUGUUUGAUUAUUGCUUUUCGUUUGUCUUUGUUUUUACUGGAAGAGCUAUUACUGUUGUACGCAUUGGGCAAGGAAGCACCAUGACUUCCCGCGUAGCCAGACAAGGACACCGCGUCCCACAUUGUCUGCAAUUUCAUGAGGAUCGCAAAUCUGUAUAUUUCCUGGAGCGAGCGUGUCGUUUCGCUCUCUUUGCAUAUCUUUUUGGUUUCAGCAUUGUUUGUUUAUUUUUUUUCCCCUCCCGCAUUUUUUGGUAUUAGCGUUCUGUGGCGAUACGUUAGAUGGAUGGACUUUUGUUGGGCUUUUCGUUCUCCGUCUCGCCCACUGGCAGAUUCUUAUUCGAAGUUUUACUGGGUUUGGCGACUGGAACUUUGGAGUUUGAAUUGGAGGAACGGGGAAGCUGAGGGUCGUAGAUAUAUGGGUGUAUGGGGAUCGGUGUAUAUGUUCCGGGCGUGGAGUACAGAGCCUUUGCUCCUCAUCACCAUUGGGAUGAGUAUUUGCUGCGGGACAUGGGCGAUGAUUAAGUUACUUGUUUUCUUUUUGUUUCAUUAUUUGCACCUUUCCUUACGAUGCGCCGGGUGAAAUUCCCGAAUCAUAAAAGGAGAAAACCGGAGAAGAGUUUGUAUAUCAUCGCUUCUGGUUUUCUUUUUUUGUACUGUUUUCUGGGUUAUUUUUUAUUUUUCCUAUUCCCUCUGUAUCAUUUCCCUCUUAUUCCUGUUUAAAAAACUCAUGUUGUUAUACCGACUUUUCCUUUGUAUAAAUCACUACUACCGCUAGGAACAAACGUUCAAGUUUUCAUGGAG